AUGGAUAUUAUUUUUGAAGUGAGAUAUUUUCAACUUUCAGGCGAGUGUAACGAGCCCUUAGGCUUGACGAGCGGCAAACUCAGGGAUGAUCAACUGAGUGCUUCAUCAUCGUUCGACGGAGACAGUACUGGCCCUCAACACGCAAGAGCUCGAACUCACACCGGCAGUGGAGCGUGGUGCCCUUUACACCAGGUGAACAAUACGAAUAAGGAGUGGAUUCAAAUCACGUUUGCCAAGGACACAGUGUUGACUGCCGUGGAGGUGCAAGGCCGCUUCGAUGAGGGUCGUGGUAUGGAGUUUGCUCGAGCAUUCAAGAUUGAGUAUUGGAGACCAAAUCUGAGAAGCUGGUUCUCCUACAGGAAUGAUGAUGGAAUCGAGACUCUUUUGGGCAACAGUGACACACGGACGGCCGAAAAGCGUGUGCUGGAUGCACCAAUCGUCGUUCGGCGGGUACGAAUCGUCCCGUUGUCGAACACGACGAGAACCGUCUGCCUGAGGCUCGAACUCUACGGAUGUACAUACGAAGAUCCUCUUCAAUCUUACUCAGCACCGUCAACUUCUAACAGAAGCGGUGGGAAUUUUCUGGACUCAACCUACGACGGCACUACUUCGAAUGGGAUCGCUGUCGGUGGUUUAGGCCGACUGACUGACGGUAUCGUUGGCACUGAUCCAGACCACUUCCCGCAUCAAUGGGUUGGCUGGCGAAGGUCAUCGCCGAAAGGUGGUUUUGUUAGUUUGCUGUUUACAUUUUCGCAGCUGAGGAACUUCUCUUCGGUCAGUCUGCAUGCGCUGCAUUCGUCUACGCUAGGUGCGCAGGUGUUUUCUCGAGCGCUACUCUCAUUUUCUUUCAAUGGAGCUGAUUUUUCUUCUCGUAUUGUGGAAUACGUCACCCAGACGACGAUUUCGACGUCAUGGAUUCGAAUUCCCAUUCCAAAUCGCAUUGCUUCUGUCGUGCAGCUCCGCUUAUACUUUGGGAUCGGAUCUUCUUGGCUUCUACUAUCCGAGGUUCGCUUUGAGUCGAAUGCAUAUCGGCCUGAGUUCGUUCACUUUGCCGACGCCGAUGACCAAUCGGAAAACAUCACCUACUUCUCAGUAGGCGAGUCAGACGUCGAGGGGCGAGUCGACAUCAUGUUUGUUACUAUGGCCUCUCCAUUAGCCGUCCUGUGCUUCUACCGUAAACGAGGCAAGAUCCGAACUUCUUCACCGCCCCACAGUGCUCAUCUCAGCUUUAAAGGAGGCGCUUUCAAGCCGAUUUCACCUUCUACGUUUCAAAUGGCAAGGGACAACAUGGAAAAUGCGCUACUAGAAAAAUGUCCAAUGAUCGUGAUUUCCUCGGAUUAUGCAGAACCAGAUUUCUCCUGUAGUCCUUUGUCGUCAGUUGUGAAGUACUCAGACUAUGGCGAGGUGUACUGCACAACGCUGCCCGAAAUAAACAGAAACCAACUAGUAUUUAUUGAAAAAAUUGGGCAAGGAGAAUUUGGAGAGUUACAUCGCUGCCUUCUGGAAUCGCGUCAGGUUGCUGUGAAACGUCUCAACAGCGUUUCCCACGAAGACGAAGUCGCAUUCAUGCGCGAAAUUAGAGUAUUAGGAAACCUUAAACAUCCGAACGUCGUUGAAGUGAUCGGCGUCUCGACUAUCGACAAACCGAUGAUCUGUAUAAUGGAGUACAUGGCGAAUGGCGAUCUGAAGUCGUUUAUGAGUAAGCUGGAACACGUCGACACACUCUACUGUAUCUCUGUGGCUACGCAGCUGGCUGCAGGACUGGCUUACCUGGAGUCCUGUCACUUCGUUCACAGGGAUAUUGCAGCUCGAAACUGCCUUGUUGAUGAGGAAGGGAAUGUGAAAAUCGCAGACUUUGGCAUGGCUCGCAGUUUAUAUUCUAACGAUUACUAUCUUGUAGAGGGAAUGUUUGUGUUGCCGAUUCGUUGGAUGGCGUGGGAAAGUUUGCUUUUGGGCAAAUUCUCAUCACAUAGCGACGUAUGGUCAUUUGGAGUGACACUAUGGGAGGUGUUUAGCCUGUGUCGUGAGAAGCCAUAUAGCUCUCUAACAGACGACCGAGUUCUGGAGAACAUCCAUCUUAUGAGCUCCACCUCUGUCCUGGAGCACACACUGGAGCGCCCGCCCUUGUGUCCUGAUAGCGUGUUCGCCAAUGUCUUGACGCCGUGCUGGCAAUAUGACCCUCAAUCCAGACCGUCGUUUGAAGCACUGCAUCUGCAUCUGCAGUCGCUAAUCCACACCCAGGUGACAUGA